CUCUGCGCUCCGAUCUGACUGGUGCGCCGCGGAGGCACGGACGCUGCGCGGGAGCCCUCCGCAGAGGCAGUGGCGACCGCGAGCGCCAGGCGGAGUCGGCGGCGCUUGCGCGCGGCGACUGUGCGCGCUCUUCUCGCUGGAGCGCCGCACGCGACCGGCCGAGGCGAUGAAGAGCGUGUGGCCGGCGCUGGUCACGCCCACCGUGUUCGACUGCUCGCACCAGCCCGAUUGGGACUCAUUCCGCCGGCAGGUCGACGAGCACGCUCGGAACGGUUGGCCGAUGGAGGGGCCCGGCGCCGUUGCGCUCGAGCAGACGGCCAGGACGCUGGAGAAUCGCUGGCGCUACCUGGUGUGCUCCCAGGAGUGCCGCAACAGCGAGGACUUCCGCUGGGGCUACGUGGAGGCAAUGGGCGCGGACGUGUGCCACGACUCGCCGCAGUUCGAGAGGUACGUCGUCGUCCACUAUCCAGGAUCCGAGGGCACUCCACUGAGUGCCUACCGCACGGUGGCGGAUUUCAACAACCGCAACCUCACCUAUCGCAGCGGGGCGGGCUCUGGGGGAAAGUUCUGCUUCUAUGGCUACGUCGCCGCGCUCGUGGUCCUGGCCCAGUUCGCGUUCCCCAGGAGCGUCGCGUAUGCGCAGCGCUAUCUGUACAUAGCUCUCGCGAUCCUGGGGGACUUUUUUGCAUUCGACUGGCUGGAUUCUUCUGGGUGGCCGGUCAGGCUGCUGGACAUCAACAUCCACCUGUCCACCGUGGCCGACGCCUGGCGACCGCUGGCGCCGGGCAUGGAGUCGCUGAUGUCCCGGCACCCGGGGGAGCGCGGCGCCGGCCCCCUGCAGGCGUUCCUGCGCUGGGAGGGCACGGGCGAGGCGGCGAAGCGCACGCGGCGGCUGUGGUGCCAGCCGCACGAGGGCCAGACCGAGAUGGGCAUCGAGGGGAACGGGAAAGCCAAGACCAUGUUCGAGCGCUUCGAGAGGACCAUCGGGGUCCGGGUCCGAUUCAUUGGGAACUCCAUUGGGCACAACGUUUGCGGCAACUACGGGCUCUGUGCAUCGCCGGAUGUGGAGCGGAAGGUCGUGCAGCACCUGUACGGGUACAGCAAGGGUGGUACGUUCGACGAGGUUUCCCCCGCCUUUGUGGCUGCCUUCAGGCCUCACGUCGCGGCCGCCGAUGUCCUCAUGUGCACGCAGCCGCCGGCGUGGUGCCGGUUCCUCCUGGCGUUCGCGGACAAGCCCGUGUUCAUGUACAUCGGCUUGCCGCUGAUGUGGGACGUGCACGAGGCGGACCGGAUGCCCUGGCUGCGCGAGUUCGCGGCGAUGGCCCAGGACGACGGGCACGUGGUCGUGGCCAGCAGCGUCUUCCUGGCGCACGAGGUGCACUGGCAGGCGGGCGUGCUGCCCCCAGUGCAGCGCCUCCUGGGCCUGCACACGGGUGCAGCGCACACGCCCGUCCGCAACGACUCGGUGCUCUUCAGCCGCUUCGGCACGUCCGCUGGGAUGUCAGAGUGCGUUGUCAAUCGUUUUCUGGGGGCGAACCCGUGGUACCCUCUGCGCUUCGUUCAGCUGGAGGAGAUCCUCUUCGAGGAGCACCGCGCCACGCGGGGCGAUCCGAGCGUGCUCGCGGGGCGGGAGAGCUGGGCGAAUCGGCUGAGCGAGCUGAGGACGCCCGGGAUGCCGUACCGUGCGAUGGCAGAGCACCGGGCGGCCGUGCUGUUCCCGUACGACGCGGUGAUAUUCUUGUUCCACGAGCUGUACUCCAUGCAGGUGCCGGUCUUCGUCCCCCGGGACCUUUGGCGGUGGCUGUUCGGCCCCCUGACCCUCCCUCGGAUGGAGGCGCGCCUGGCGGACGGCCAAGGCGGCCGCGCCGCGGACGCCGUGGCGCCCCCGCCAGGGUCGCCCUUCUUCGCCGAGCCCCGGCGGCCGCUCAACAUGGACCAGGCCCUCUACUGGGCCGGGCUCACGGACUGGGCCCUGCUGCCCCACGUGCACUACUUCCGCGGCGCGGCGGAGCUGCUGGAGCGCCUGCUGGACGGGCCCGGCCUGCGCGCGGCCAGCGCGCGCAUGAAGACGUUCAACGAGGACCAGGUGGUGCUCUCGGUGGACGGGUGGCGGCGGGUGGCCUGGCGCCUGCUGCACGCCUCGCAGGGGGCCCUGUGAGCCCGCGAAGCCCUGCGGGCCGCGGCCCAGGCGCGUUGCGGGCCGAAGAG